AUGAAGCCGCUCGUCGCCCUCGCGGCUGCGGCCUCCGCGCUGUCCGCGGUCAAUGCCACUCCCUUCAGCAACUGGAACGCGACCGCCAAGCAGGUUGGCAAUCUUCAAACUGGGUAAGUCGUCUUCAUCAUCUUCACACUGCACUUCCCUUGACUCGCUGUCUGCUCCGGUGUUCUACUCUUCUGGCCUUGAAAAUGCAUGUGGACUCCAACAACACCAUCACCGCCUUCAACAGCACCUUGUUCAGCAUCCAACAGCAAGCAUACCACACUCGCACACACAGAGCAGAAUACCUCACCAUCACAAUGGGCAAGAAAUCCUCGCGCAAGAGCAGUAGGCAACAUAGUCGUCAAGACUCGGUCACUUCAACAGCAGGUUCUGUGGGAUUCACGACAGGAAUGAACACUGGCAUCUCGACAAAGCAGCCGCAGACAGUACUACUGGACAGCGCACCAGCGCCCUGGACACGUCCUGUUACUCGCGGACGGAUGGUUCCAUUUACCGGUCUACGCUUCCAUGCCUCGGCAAUUUCGACAGCAAUCCACCUGAUCAUUCUCCUGCUAUUUACAGGAGGAAGCCUGAAAGUAUUGCUCGAUUACUUACUCCUUGCAACCAGAGCCGAUGCGCAAUGCGUUCCUUCGACCACUACUGCGACGAUCUUUGUCCCAUUCACCGAGACCGAGACAGUUACUGCGUCUACCAGCUCAUCUCCCGCGUAUACUACGAUGUCGACUACUACAGUCUCCAUUACCAAUACGGUCACCGUCACGGCGUCGGAGAGCAUUCUCGGAUUCGUCAUUACCAGCGGUACGACGAGCUGGAUUGGCCCUAGCCCCAGCAGCGGCGUCUCGAUUGUGUACGCAGGCGUCACGACUGUAACAAUCGCUCCGUUGCCUUCGUCUGCAGCAACACCUACGGAGAUCGAGCCACCUCCGAGUACAUCGCACACCACGGUCACAUCGACUUCAACCAUAACAAAGUUCACGACGGUCACUCCUACAGUCACUGUUCCAACCUACUCGUCCACCCUUUACCGGUUUCUGACCCCGGACGUGACUACGACUCUCACAAGCACACGCUACUUGACGGUGUCUCUAUUGGCUGUUCCUCCUCGUUCCUCGUUUACUGGGAUCAACAGCGGUGGCUGGAACUCCACUGCCGAUGCCCAGAGCGCUGGCCCCGAGCCGACUACUGUGACAUUCUCAGAGACCUUUUUCCAGGGAAUCAACGCGACAACGUCCACAAUCACAAGCUUUCUGACGACAACAAUCGGCGCGACAGUCACGCAGACAAUCUCAGCACCCGCCUUCGUCACCACUGCGAGCGGUGCAGCGGGGUCUGAACCCAUCACUUCUACUGUGCAGCCAACCGCGAUCACACAGACGAUUUUGGUCCAGCCAACAGAGAUCUCAGUCGGAGGUGCCUCCCAGACAACCUCUACCGUCUCCGCAGCAGCACUUUCGUCGUCUAACGCCGUCGGCAUGCCUCCUCCAGCCUACUCGCAGCCCGAGUCUCAGGUCUCUGCAAUCUCUCCUGACCUAACUGUGACAAGCUUCGUUGCUGGCCACGGGACUACUUUCACCAUUGAGAGCGUUCCAUCUGGAAGCACUCCCUUCUCCUUUGUUAACAGCAGCUUGGUCUCGAUUAUCUCGACUUUCUACGAGAAGACACUGCCACCAGGCAGCUCUGCACAGCCUUCGACACUGAGCUCAGGGCCGGGAUCUACCAAUCGCGGCAGUGCCGAGGCAUCUGACGCGACUCUCACCGUCUCGACUGUUUCGAAACUCGGCAUAACAAUGACCUCGACGAUCUCCGUGGCAGAACCAAGCACGGUGACAACGAAGGGCCCUUCGACUGGAGAUGACCAAGGUGCACACUCGCGAUCCUCAUCCAAGACUUCAUCAAGUUUGCCAAGUCCUGCUUCUCCCACUGCACAGCCAAGCUCCACAGCGUGUGGCGAGCAAGGCGACUUCACCAUGACUUUCGAUGACAUCUCGACCUGGGGUAGACGUAUCCGGCGGCAAUCAAACCACACCAAUACCACUAGACCCGACAUUACGAGCUACCCACCCAUCAAUCUACACGGUCCAUAUCACCACAUGCUCUUCAGCACGGGAUAUGUCUUUGCUCCUAAUCCUGUCGAGCCAUUCCAACCCGCAUCUCCUCCAAACGUGGCUGCAUUUGCCGAUCCAUUCAAGGCUCGAACUCCGACAAACACGCCAAAUACCAUCGAGCCCGGCGAGUUCGCCGAGUACGAUGCUGACAACUCGACUUUCUUCUUCGAUCCGCUGGACGCCGCUGUAGGUUGUGACAGUCCCUCACACGACUGCACACUGGAGACCACUGGAUAUGCUUGGGAUCCGGCCAUCAAGGAUGAAAGCCCUGUGCAACAGCACAACUACACCCUCCCACUUUGUCAAGGUACAAGCUGCAAGCUCACAAAGAUCCAAUUUCCGGAGACUUUCACCAAAUUGACUGGCCUUCAGUUCCGAGCCAUUGCAGACAACAAGCCACGAAUGCUAUUCGUGGACAAUCUGCACAUGCGCUGGGCCAACACAAGCUGCGCAGCAGGUCAAGAGAGAGACAGUGCGACUCGUCAUGGCAGAUGAGCAGAGCAGUGUGUCGAGCAAAAGGGACGUGGAUCGAUUUCAACGUGGUUUCCUCUUCACCUCGUAGCUCAGGGAAGGUGACGGUCAGGUACCGCCCGGGCGUAUCAUGUGUACUUUGUUUUAGUGAUACCAAAAAAGUUUCAAACAAUGAAUUUCAGUCUCACUCCUGCUAGAGAAUCUUUGCCGACACCCGCUCAGAGAGGCCCUUGUGCCCUCUUCAUCGACCGAAACAUGCGAGACAAACCCUCCCCCACACAUUUUGGAUUGAUUUUGACGACUCGUGGAAAUGAAGUCGACGGCCCGGAAAAUCUUUUCUCCAGAUCACGUGUGCAGGCUACAUGCACUAAUCAUUUGAAGACUAGCGCGUUCUUGGCAGCGGAGGUGCGCACUGCAAAACGAAUUGCUUUGAAGACGACACUCUUCGAACAAGAGCGCCGCUCACAUCCGCCCAACGACAACGACCAUCGUCCAACGCCGUCAAGAUGUAAGUACGCCAUAUUUUGAUCGCAUUUCCGCCGACAAAUCCAUCGCACCGCCGCUGGAGGAGUCUCCGACGACUUCGUCAAACCCCUCAUCGCACGCACCCGAUAUAUCUACCCCAUGAAGGCACGAUGGCACAUAUGGCUAACACGAUGGCUCCUGUAGGGUCAACCUCCGUACCCAAAAGCGCCUGGCCGCCAGCGUCGCCGACUGCGGCAAGCGCAAGAUCUGGCUCGACCCCAACGAGGUUAACGAGAUCUCCAACGCCAACUCCCGCCAGACCAUUCGCAAGCUCAUCGCCGAUGGCCUCAUCAUCAAGAAGCCCGUCACCAUGCACUCGCGUGCCCGCGCCCGGGAGUUGACCGCUGCUCGCCGCAUUGGACGUCACCGUGGUUUCGGUAAGAGGAAGGGUACCGCCGAUGCCAGAAUGCCGACGUAAGUUUCCUCCGAGACACCAUGAACAGCUGGAAGAGGCGGACGGAUAGGGAACAAACAUCUGGUGAAUGGAGCAAGGGAGAAUUCGGAAGAUGACAACAUACUUUGAAUGGCGGAAUGCUGAAAUUCUGCGCUCACAGUCAGGUUAUGUGGAUGCGUCGCCUGCGUGUCCUGCGCCGCCUGCUCGUCAAGUACCGCGCCGCUGGCAAGAUCGACAAGCACCUCUAUCACGAGCUCUACCACUUGAGCAAGGGUAACACCUUCAAGCACAAGCGUGCCCUUGUUGAGCACGUAAGUCAAGCACCUCCCCAAGUCAUGACAUCAUGUGACUCGCACCUCGGCAAGCGUGUAUUGACAUUGUCUCCACAGAUCCACAAGGCCAAGGCCGAGAAGCAGCGUGAGGAGAGACUGAAGGCCGAGAUGGACGCCAAGCGUGCGAAGACCAAGGCCGCCCGCGAGCGGAGACAGGAGCGUGUGCAGGCCAAGCGCCAGGCGCUUACUGGCGAGGACGAGCCAGAAGCCCAAUAG